AUGACUGUUCGUGCUGCCCACACACCGCAGCAGCUGUCGCAGCGAGCUGGCGGUCUGGGGGGUGCUGCCGUACUCGUUAGUAGCUCAGGCUGCAUCCUGAGAGGAGCCGAUCAGAUGGAGAGCUUCCUGCGCAAUGCAGAGCGGUUGGAAGCGGCAAGAGCAGCAACCGGAGGAGCCGAGCAGAUGGAGAAUUUCCUGCGCAACGCAGAGAGGCUUGAGGCGGGAGGAGGAGGGGCAGGUGGAGGGGGAGAAGGGGGACCUGCGAUGACUGGUGGUGGUUUGAGCUCGCCCAUCCCACCCAUGCAUCAUCAGCUGCAGUUUGCAGCAGCAGAGGGUGCAUUGGGUGCUGGUGAUGCAGGGAGGGGGGAUUUCAGCAGCUUUCUCCGCAAUGCAGAGCGGUUGGAAGCGGUGCAUGCGGGGAGAUAUGCGGAGAUGCGCGGUAUGAGUGACAUGGGUGGGGGCAUGGGUGGGGGCAUGGGUGGGCUGCAAGGCGAGCUAGCAGGCGGCAUGAGAAGCGCAUCCAUGGGACCCAUGGGGCCUGUGAUCCGCAUGCACGUACCACCGUUCGACCCGCAUACGCCCCCACCACCUCACAUGACUCUUCGUGGUCCCAUCCCUCCGGGCUUUGAAGACGGACCCCCCUUUUCAGAGCCGCGAUUCGGAGCAAGACCGCCUCACAUGCAGCAGCAGCAGCUGGGGGAUCCUAUGGAACCUCUGACCGAUGUUGCGCCGGUGACCGUGCGCAUGGUCGGCAUGCAUCGCGUGAUGGUUGUUGCAGAUUCGCCCGUCCGCCAACCGAUGGAGCAGCCGAGAUCGAUGGGGCACCUUCCCCCCAACAUGCCGCUAGAUCUGCAUGGCGGCAGGCCUCCCUUUUUCGGCCAUCAGCGGCAGCAACUGCAGCAUUUUGGAGAAAGCGUCCAGAUUCGUGGAAUCCACGAGCAGAGGUUCCCGGGACCGCCCCACCACAUGAUGCAAGGCCCGCCGGACCCUCUUCCUCCACGAGGUGACUUUUUUCGACCGCAAGGCCCGCGAGGAGAGUUUUUCCCUUCUCCGCAAGGAGGGCCACAUGGGCCUCCCCCACAUGGCCCUCCAUUUGGCCCGCCACCAUUUCCCAAUGAUCAAGGACCUAGGGGGCCUUUCCGUGGCUUCCCCCCCAUGGAUCCCCGUGGAGGAAUGGAGGACCAUCCGCGUUUUGGUGGUCGAGGCCCGUUCGAUGGUGCCGCAUUCUUCGCGGCACUGGUGGCCCUUGCCUACUCGGACGACGAUAAGGAUUAUGGUAGGGGAGGCGGGAGAGAUGGUUACGAGGGCAUGGAGGGAAGAGGAAAUGGGGAGGCGGGAAGGAGAAUUGGGGAGGAGGGAAAGGGAAACGGGGAGGGGGGAAGGGGUAAUGGGGAAGCGGGAAGGGGAAUUGGGGAGGCGGGAAGGGGAAACGGGGAGGCGCGAAGGGAUAGGGGGAAGCGGGAAGGGGUAAUGGGGAGUGGGAAGGGGAAACGGGGAGGUGGGAAGGGGUAA